AGUGAAAGUAGGAAAAAUGGCGAGCAAGAUGGUCCCAGUUGUUUCAGUCAACAGAGAUCGGGUCUCAGUGACAGUACUGACACCGAUACACCUUGACAAAAACCACUGGAAAACAACAGAAUGGACAGGCGAAUUGUUAUCACAGUUAAACAUAAAAGUUGACCAAGCUACUUAUGAGCCACACGAUCUUUUUACUAGUGGUUAUGUCAAGACGUUUUUAAAACAAAAGCAGGAUAAAAAGAUUAGUGGAUUUAUUGGUCGGAUUUCCCGCAAUGAAAAUGAGCGUGUUUAUCGAAACCAGUGUAUAAUUCGAGCGUUAGCUGAAGUUAUUUGUAUAGACUGCGUAUCUGUCGACGAAAUACCUGCAUUUAAAAUGAUAAAAAUAGAAAGUGGGCUCCAGCAACUUGAGCAAAAAGAAAACCAUGAGAAGCUGUUACUGUUAGGAAGUAAACAUGAUGGUUCUAUAAAUUUGGAUUACACAUGUAAUAGUUUACAGAUAUGGCUGUCACAAUUUGUACAGCAGUUGUCCUUAAUGGUUAGAAAACGAAAGAAAGGCACACCUGAAGAAAUCACGGAGGGAAUGUAUCAAGAGCUAUUUCUCAGAUUUAUCAAAAUGUUCGAGAUUCAAAUAAUUGAGAAGUCAAACAUGCACCCUUUUAUUAUUCCCAUUGGGCAAAACAGAAUAGCUGCAACUCCAGAUGCUGUAGUGCAGUCCCUUUCUUGUAAAGAUCUAGAAAAUGAUAACUCUAUUGCAGUAAUAAAGGUCGAUAAAGACUCUAGAACAGAGAGGGAGGGUGAGGAGGAGGGAGAAAUGGGGAGUCGGCCAAAGAAACUGAAGACUGACCCUGUUACAUCCGCCCCCCUGUGUCAGCUGAUUGGGGAUAUGAUGGCUGUUCUACCCUCCUCUGUCCUGGGUUCCUGGGGGAUUUAUGGUUUCUUGGUGCAAGGAACUAAAGUAACAGUGGUAUCCCUGGUGACAGAUGAAGGCUAUAUGGAGAAUCUGAAUCAAGGUUAUGUGGCGGUGGGAUGUGAAGCUACAGUGAAAUGUAGUAAGGAAUGUAAUAUCCUGACCACGGAAGGCAGAAGGGACUUAAUUCAGACACUUCAGGAUAUGACAGACUUACUACAAUAUCUGUGUGAUAAAAGAAACCAAGACUCUCCAUAAGCAUUGUCUGCUAAGACUUGAAGCUGAAUGGAAUUAUAGAAAAAGUUUUGGAUUUAACUGUGUAAAAACUGGGAAAUAAAAAUGUUAAUAAAGUAAAAUAGAAAAUUUUCACUUAGUGUUUUAAU